CAAGAAGGUGUCGAAAAUAACACUACUCAACAAAUUUCGAGAAAAAAAAUUCCCCCAAGAGGAGAAGACUCUUUUUCAUGGUUUUUGAGGCCGCUGAGACAACAGUACCUUGAAUAUGCUAAAAUCGCACCUGUGCUAUAUCUCAAAAACUAGAGCUGCUAGAGCCAAACCAAGGCCAAAUUCGGAUUCAGCGGCCCCAAAAACCAUGAAAAAGAGUCUUCUUCUCUUGAGGUGUUUUUUGCUGUUGAGAAGUGUAAGCAAUUUGUGCUGGGAUAUAUAGCAAAUACCAAAGAAGUUGUGACACCCGAUGAAGGGGUAUUGACAUGUCGAUCGUAUCAACUGACCGAGUUACCGACUAAGGUCAAUUUAAGCAAUCCAACCAUUCCGCUCAAAAGAAAACCAUCGAAAACCUACAUGGAUGUCAUUUUGCACGGUGCUGAGGAGAACCAAUUGCCGGAGGAAUAUCUCGGCUCAAUAACAAAACUGAUAAUAAGUGCGAUGUGUUAGGCUAAUAACUUCAAUCAUAUGAUUUGAGAAGAGGUUAAUUUGACAACGUUACGGUAGCGAAUCCGCGAUUUCUCACAAAUCUGUAUAUUUCAUCAAAAUUACGUGAUAGGAAUUUGGUUUUACUUCAAUAGAAUCUGUACAGAAUGGACAGUGUGUGUUUGAUGUGCGAUGUUAGCAUUAUCGUUUCACAAUUUUUAUCAGCUCUAUUUUUUUGCUAUAUUCCUUCAACAGAUGAUAGUCUAGCUUUCUUUUUCACAUUCAACACUGUCUUUCCAUUUUGGUGCCAAAAACGUGGAUCAUCCAUAAAUUAAAAGCUGCAGCGACUACUCAUUCUAUUGAAAAUUCAUUAAACGUGUGACUAAAAUGGAGCGAAACAUUUUAACGAAAUGUUUAUUUGUUUUGGUGGUUAUUCUAAUAGUGCGAAUUGAUGUAGCUAACGCAGCGGUGGGUGAUAUAAAAUUCAUAAAAUCGUCAUAAACUCAACAAACGUUCGACAGACAUUUAAAUCGGGAAAUACUCUGCAGAUGUUCGAAUAAUUCUUAGGAAAUUAAUUAGUAACAUGUGGACGAAACGAAUUCAUAUGCGAAACCCGUCAGCUGUUCGCAAAGGGAGCGCCCAACUAAAAGGCUAUCGUUUAGAUUUUUAUCAACCUGUGGGUGAGCCAAGCCCUGUUUGGAAUGGAUCACGGGCAACAGUAGUUGAAGAUGAGAAUUACACGGUAUGGGGUGCUGUGUAUGAAAUUGAUUUAAAGCAUUUGCCAUCGUUAGAUGCUCAAGAAGGUGUCAAUAGUAAGCGAUAUGUGCCAAUCACCAAAGAAAUCGUGACAUCCGAUGAAGAGGUAUUGACAUGCCGUUCGUAUCAAUUGACCGAGCAACCGACUAAUGCAGUCAAUUUGAGCGAUCCAACCAUUCCACUUGAAAGAAAACCAUCGAAAACCUAUAUAGAUGUUAUUAUGCUCGGUGCUGAGGAGAACCAAUUGCCAGAGGAAUAUCUCGGUUUCUUGAAACGCAUCGUUCACAACGGUAGACUUGCAUCGGCUAAAUUGCUAGAAGAGUUGUUUGGAAAGAAUCAAUAAUGUUGUUCAUCGUUUUUCACUGCACCUAAAGUGCAUGUAAAUGAAAUAUUCCAAAUAAAACCACAAUAAAUUCAAAAUCACGUCUAUUAAA